GGUUCGAUGCGAUGCGAUGUUAGUUCGUGUCGGUUGAUUCUUUGUGGCGGACAUGAAGUACUUAACUCGGCCAAGAGAAUUUAGUUGCGUGUUAUGUUUUGUGUAUUUUGUAUCUGGGAUCGGUCUGGUCAGUUCGCAAUGGUUAGUUGAUGACGAAGGUUGCCGAACACCUGAUAGGGGUUCUGGCGUGUGUAUGCCAGUAAAAAAAUGCGCGCCAAUGGUAACACUGCUCCAAACCAUUAAGAGACCAAUCUCCUCUGCAGUACUUCAAAGAAUUCAAUCGUAUACUUGUGGCGUUAAUGAAGAUGGUGUUAAAGUGUGUUGUCCUUCCGGGCCAAUUAAUAUUGGUGACAAUUUACAAGAACCGCCUGACGUUUCUAACCACAGAAAUAUUAAUCUUCUUCCUUCCGAUUGCGGAUACCUGGAUACCACUGAUAAAAUAAUCAACGGAGAAGAUGCUCUACUGAACGAAUUUCCGUGGAUGGCACUGUUAUCAUAUCAAACAAGGACUGGUCCGACAUUCAGAUGUGGGGGUAGCAUAAUAAACAAAAACUAUAUAUUGACAGCUGCCCAUUGCAUAACAAAUUUAAAGGACAAAUUGUUUGGCAUCAGAGUUGGAGAACAUAGUAUUCGUAAUUCAACAGACUGCGAAUUGCAACCAAACAAUUCUAUUAAAUGUGCACCCCCUGUACAAGAUUUAGAUAUCGAGGAAGUGAUUCCGCACCCGUCUUACAACGCUGCCAGUUUUACGAAUGAUAUCGGUCUUCUCAGAGUUUCUUCAAUGAACUUCGGCGUAGAAAAUGUAAGGCCAAUUUGUUUACCCCUAGGAAGUCAAAGAAACCCCAAUUUUAAGAACGUUGUGGUUACUGGAUGGGGCAUAACUGGAAACGGGACAUCUAGUGACAUUUUACAGAAAGUAGAACUUCCUAUUGCGGAUAAAACGAAAUGUGCCGCAGUGUAUUCCAAUUACAAUAUCAAGCUAAAUGUAAGGCAGGUUUGUGCUGGUGGAGUAAAGAAUAAAGAUUCUUGCCCGGGAGAUAGCGGUGGUCCAAUGCAGAUUGCUGCUUGGGUCGAUGGAGAAUCGAAAUACAUACAGCAGGGAAUUGUUUCAUUUGGUCCACGAUAUUGCGGACUGCCUGGUUAUCCAGGAGUUUAUACACUAAUACCCUAUUAUAUGGAUUGGUUACUAGAUACUAUGAGACCUUAAGGUAGUAAUGUGUGUAAAAACAUAUCCCAAAGACUGGUAUUAUUUCGAAUUUGUAGAUACUAUACUUAGUAUUUAUAAAGGCGUCUACUCAAUUUUAUGUACUGUGAUUUAAUAAAAUAUAUAUUAAGCGUUGUUUAGUUCAAUAUAUAAUGUGUACAAGUUAUUACCAUUGUGCUGUUUUAGAAAAAACAACAUUAUAUUUACUGUUAGUUUGUUCCUUUAUUUUAAACUUUUUUGUGACAUAAUAUAUCAGGAACAAAUAAAUGAU